UGAGUACAGUUUCAAAAUUUAUAUCAUAUCUAUUAAUCUUGUUUUUUUUUUAUAAAAAAAAAAGGGUGACAUUAUUACCUGUUCUGGUCAUGUUAUACGAGUUUGGACAAUAAACGGCGAUCUUUAUUUAACCAAAUCAGCGUGUCCAAGUUCAGAAUCAAUUUUGUCAUGCAUGUUUUAUAAGCGCAAGUUGACAGAAUGGAAUAGCAGAGACUUAAUCAUUACUGGCCAUAGAAGAGGUCUAGUCAAAUUUUGGUUAAAAGAGGUUGAAAUUGAUCCCAAAUCAGGUCAUCACAAAUGGUCUUUAAAGUUGGUUCAUCAAAUUCGUCACAGUAGUCGCGUUGAUAACAGCCUCGACGAUUCAGAUAUUGUAGCAUUAACAAUAUCAGGCUCGAAGAAAACAUUAUUUACGGGCAGCAGAAAUGGUCAAGUUUAUACAUUUGUUUUACCCGAUACAUCCGAUUCGUAUCAUUUGUUAAGAGAAGAUAAGUUUAGGGAAUGUAUGACCUGUAAAAGACCCUUUUCUGUUUUGGAGAGAAAAAACAACUGUCGCACAUGUGGAGGAAUAUACUGCUCUAGCUGUAUGUCCAAUACAUCCUUUCCUUGCCCAGAUAAAUCCGCUAAAUUCUGUAAAUUGUGUUCGGAACAUCUUUUAGCAAUUUGCAUCAAACACUAGUGUAAAAAUUUUAUGUACAUGUAACAAAUUCCAACAUUUCGCUUCAACUUUAUUUUCAUUACCCGUGUACACUUAGUCAUUUUAUCUUUUAGUCCAAAUAUGAAAAUUAUUUAUUAACAGCCAGUUUCACUUGUGAAGCUCUUUCUUUAUGUUAAAUUAAAAUCGUCUUUAUUUAUAUGACGUCUUGCCCGACGGAUUAUUUUAACAAACAAA